GCAGCAGCGGGGCCCGGCCGUGGCCGCCCGCCAUGUCGGCCAGCAGCUGCACCUUCGAGGAUCGGUGCGUGGCCGUGCUGUGCUGCCGUUUCUGCCAGCAGGUGCUGAGCUCGCGGGGGAUGAAGGCCGUGCUGCUGGCGGACACCGACAUCGACCUCUACUCCACCGACAUCCCGCCCUCGGGUACUGUUGACUUCAUUGGAAGCUGCUAUUUUACUGAAAUCUGCAAAUGCAAGCUGAAGAACAUCGCGUGUUUAAAGUGUGGUAAUAUCGUUGGCUAUCAUGUGAUUUCUCCCUGCAAACCUUGCCUGCUGUCCUGCAAUAAUGGCCACUUCUGGAUGUUUCAUAGCCAAGCAGUCUUUGGCAUCAACAGGCUAGACCCUUCCGGUGUGAAUGUAUUGCUCUGGGGCAACUUGCCAGAUUUGGAGGAAAGCACAGAUGAAGAUACGUCCUGCAUCUCUGAGGAGGAGUAUAUCAGAUAAACGUUAUCUACAAUACUACAGUAUCUUCCCUACGUUCGUUACAUUGCUGUUUGGUUUGGAUAUUUUUUUUUUCCUGCCAGCCCAUCAGAGCUUUAAACAACACUGGAAACCAGGAAAUCUGGAAAACAAUCCCAAAAAAGGAAGGUAUUGUCUUCCUCUUUCACUGUAGCCUUCCUUAAACUCUUGCAUCUGCCUAAUGUGUAUCUUCUGACUAGAGACGCACCUUGGUUAGAUCCAUGUCUCUAAUAUAUGGAAAUGCAGGUGGAAGAUGCAUUUACUAAGGUCUAGGUCUGUUUUGCUUUUACAUUUAAGUCUCAACAGUUGAUAAUCCUUAACAGUAUUUUUUCUUCUUUCCUAAAACAGUAUUCACAGAGCAAAAUCUUUCAGUUGCUGCCAGAACAGCUUAAAAACCUUAAGAAAUAAUCAGUCUGGUUGAGAAAAUUCUGAGAGAGCUCUGCUUUUGUGGUCACACAGACAAUUGCCCAGAGCUUCUAUUUUGAGUAUACAGAGUUGCUGAACAAGUGGCUUGAAGUACCAGAGCUUUGGCUCUGUGGUCUGGCACUCCUGCUUGGAGCAGGUUGUUCUCUGGGCAUCUGCGGCACACCAGGAUGCUCCUGAAUGUGGACUGGGGAGCUGGCUUAGAGUCUUCCCACCUUCACCUUUCAGUACUCUUAGGAUCAUGUUUCUGCAGAGAUUUAGUCCUGUUUUGUUUGGGGUUUUUUUUGGUUUUUUCUCCCUGAUAAAACCUAUAUACUGGAGUUACUUAAUGUCUAAUAUAAUAUAAAGCAGUCUUAUUAGACUACACAAUAAUAUCCAUCCAGUUCUAUGUGUUAUUUUUUUCCCCUGAUAGGAUGAGCAUCCCUCCAAAACAGAACUCAGUCAUCCAACUGGGUCUUUCUAGAGGAGAAAAAAAGAAAAUAAACAGAGAUCAGGUUGAAUAUUUGGUGUUCAUGCCUAACCUGACAUGCUGAAGCGUACAGACAAUCUGGUUCCUGUAACAAGUAAUGGAUUCAAAGCUCAUUAUGAGAGUUGUUACAGCCAUAGCAUUUAACUUAUGAACUAAAUACUGUCCCCUUCAGCUAGUUACCUGAAGGAUAACCUUUAGAAAAUUCAAGGUAUGAUCAUAUAAGAGAACAGGGUACAUUUUUAAAUUUGGAUUUAUGCUGAAUAAAUAGUUCUAUAGCCUCUUGUGAUAUUUGGAAGAGGUGCAAUGAAGGCAGAUCUGAAUUGUCUUAGUAUUUUUACUGCAUGUUAUAUAUUUCUUAAUUAAUGGUGCUACCUCUUGUGCAUUGUUUAAAUGUAUAUUGGUAUGUGUAUAUGUAUGUACGUGCGUGUAUGUCUUGUUUUGAGUUCCUGUUUUAUGUCUGCUCAUUAAAUAAAAGUUUUGGACUACGUAGUCUUCUAGGCUGUAAUAAAUAUGGAUGUGUAAUGAUAUCAGAUAAUCAAAACAAUGAAAGAGCAUCUUGUAUUAAACGAGUUGAAUAAUUAGGUUCUUACUACUAUGAUUUUGGUUUAGAGAGAAAAAAAAAUCACCUCCUUUUUAGGUUAGUGUUUAGUCAGUUAACUCUCCUAUAACACAACAUGCCAUUUUUUGCCAGUUUUCCAUGCUGCAUGAAUUUGAUCACGUUGUGACUACAAAAUUAAGCUGACAAGGUGACAUCUCACACAAAGAUUUCUCCAACAGAAUUCAUGAGCUAAAAAUACUCCGAUUGUUUUUGUAUAAGUAGCACAAUAGUUCAAAUAAAAUUCCCAGAAUACAAUUCUGCUUUGUUACAAGUUCAAGGCUUGCCGCUUACAACCUUCCCAAUUCCAAGUAAACUCUGUCAGCAGCAGAGCUGUUCUCCCACAGAGAAGUAGAGGACUAUAAUUUCUUCACAUCAAGUCAAUAAUUCUGUUUUUGCUCCCUAUCUGUUUGUACACAUAGAACUGGAAGGUCUACUAUGAACAACUUCAAUUACACAGACCUGUUUGAGCUAGUUCAUCAGCUUGAAAUAAAAAAUGAGCCAACUUUUAAGUAAGUUCUGUCUUUUUUUUUUUUUUUUGAGGAUAAA